AUGGAUCGUCCGCAAGAGCCGCCUACCGCCGGCGAUGCAUCUCCUCCGGCCGCGGUGGUCGAUGUCCCCGUCGGAGCUGCGCCGAACGCCGGCGAGGUGUCGGCCAUGAUCUCCGCCACCAUCCCGUCGAAGAGGAAGAGGUUUCCGAAUCAAUUCUUCGAAGCUCCUGUGGCGGCGGCAGCUUCGCCGGCCGCAGCUUCACCGGGCGAAGCCCCGCCGGCUGCCAAGAAGGCGGGCAGGAUGAAGACCAAGGCGGCCGGGCCGAGGGGCGCCGCGCCGGCCAAGGUGCGGACAAAGGCAAUCAGCCGCAUCGGCCUCGCGCCUCCACCGCCCUCCAAGGCCACGCCCUCUCCUCCCUCCGUUCCGUCCGAUGCGCCGCCCGCGCCGCCGCCAUCCACCAUGGACGUAGACAAGGUGUUCGAUCUUGAGUUCACAACAUCCUACAUGGACAUGCUCAACGGUUCCGCGGUGAAUUUGGACACGUGUAUCGAUGCAUUCGAUGGGGAGUGCAACGUCGAAGAGAUUGAUGAAGAGGAGGAGGAUGAGGCCCAAUGGAAGUUGCGCGACAACGAGCCAAAGUGCAAGAAGGAGGCACUUCUCACCAUGGAUGAUGAAGCGGAGGACAUGAGUGGGAGAAACACCGGCAAGCCCGAGGGCAACAAGAAGGCCAAGGAGAGUGUCAAGGUAGAACUUGAAGCAGCUAGCUUCCGGGAGAAGUUGGAUCAACUCAUGAAGUCCAAGGAGGAAUUGACGAUGAAGACGUUGGAGACCAAGCUCCUCAUCACCGACAAGAAGAGUGAGGUGAAGCUUGCCAAGGUGCAAGCAAGGAGGGAAGAUGCCAAGUUGAAGGCCGAGCUUGACAUGAAGAUGAUGGCAGCCAAAGAAGCCAAGGCCAUGAAGGAGCUCUUGGCCGAGGAGAGGGCAAUCAUGAUGAUGCGCACCGACGGCAUGGACGAGGAUCAGCUGGCGUGGUGGAACGAGACCAAGGCGGACAUCAUUGCGAGGAAGAAGGCUGCGCGUCAAGCUCGUGCUCAAGUCGUCAUCGGACAGCUCUUCUGCGACGACGACCAUGAAGCCGCCGGUUUGGUAGGCGACGGCGCCGGGAUGCCAACCCGGCGACAGCGGGGAGGGAAGCCCUAG